CAGGACCGACCGACCUCCGGACCCCCACGGGGCGACCCCCGCCCCCCGCCGCGCGCGCCGCCCGGGCGGGUUAACGCGCCCCCGCGCGCCGGCUCCUCCCCGCCGAGGCAGUGUCCCCGCUCCGCCGACGCCCUCACUCGACCUGGCUGCCGGCCCCUGGGCGGACGGCGCGUCCCUGGCGGCGGGACCGAGCCCGCGCCCCGCGGAUGCGCCCGCGGACCCGGAGCAGCCAUCGGGCCUCCCGGGGAGCCCCCUGCGCGCCCGCCCCGACCAGGCUGCCCAGAUGCGGGCGCCACUCUGCCUGUUGCUGCUCGUCGCGCAUGCCGUGGACAUGCUCCCCCUGAACCGAAGGAAGAAGCAAGUGGGCACUGGUCCGGGGGGCAACUGCACCGGCUGUGUCAUCUGCUCAGAGGAAAAUGGCUGCUCCACCUGCCAGCAGAGACUCUUCCUGUUCAUCCGCCGGGAAGGCAUCCGCCAGUACGGCAAGUGCGUGCAUGACUGUCCCUCCGGCUACUUCGGCGUCCGCGGCCAAGAGGUCAACAGGUGCAAAAAAUGCGGGGCCACGUGUGAGAGCUGCUUCAGCCAGGACUUCUGCAUCCAGUGCAAGAGGCGGUUUUUCCUGUACAAGGGGAAGUGUCUGCCCACCUGCCCGCUGGGCACCGCGGCCCAGCCCAGCACACGGGAGUGCCAGGAAGAAUGUGAGCUGGGCCCCUGGGGCAGCUGGAGCCCCUGCACGCACAACGGGAAGACAUGUGGCUCGGCCUGGGGCCUGGAGACCCGGGUGCGGGAGGCGGGACGGGCCGGGCCGGAGGAGGCGGCAACCUGCCAGGUGCUGUCGGAGUCAAGGAAGUGUCCCAUCCAGAGGCCUUGCCCAGCAGAGAGGAACCCUGGCCAGAAGAAGGGCCGGAGAGACCGGCGCCCGCGCAAGGACAGGAGGCUGGACCGCACGCUGGACAGAAGGGGUUUCCACGCGCGGAGCCCAGGCCAUGGUCCAGGCAGGCUGCAAGAGUCCUGACGGCCCUGCUCCUGCUUCAGAGGAGACCCCGGAACCCGGGGCUGCGAGGGCCCCCUGCUCAGGCCAAACCCUGGAGGCCAUCUCCACAGCUCGGUCUCGGGCUCCCAUGGGAACCCCCUGGAAGAGGAUCUGGGGGGCUCCCCAUGCCCUGUCUGGACACAGAUGGGGCCUCUGGCUGGACAGCCAGCCCUGUGCCUGCCUGUGGCCACAGAGUCUGCCCUCGGUGCCCGGUGACUGCCCCCCCUCGUGGUUCCCUGCCCCCUCUCCCCAAGCUGACUGUACUCCCAUGUCCUUUGGGGGUUCAAGCACUGCAUCCCACGGGACUGUCAUCCCGGGGGAACCAUGGGCCCAGCCCAGAGGAGCCCAUCGAAGCCGAAAGGAAUUUUGAGAUUAUCCAAGCUCCUCUGUUCCCCACCCUGGAGCCUCCUGCCCCUUGUACCCAUGGGGAAACUGAGGCCCAAGCAGGGACUUGCCCAAGGUCACCCAGGAAACCCACGUGCUAGGCUUUCUACUUAUUGGCUGCCCAGCGCAGCAUAUCCACAGGAAACUCUGGGAGCCUCUGGGGAGGUGAUGAAGAAGGAGCAAGGGAAGAUUCCUCCACUCCCCCUCACCAGCACUGAACGCUGAGCACUUGCAUUUCACUGUGACAACCCCACAUGCCAGGCGGGAAGAAAGAACAUCGGGGAGUCUCAAGUACGACUUAGCUCAGAAGUGCGUGUGUUCUCACUGCCGUCAUUCCACCAUCAUGGUACCUAGCCACCCCUGCUUGGCCUCCCUGAGUCCCCAGGAAGGGGUGUUCCCAGUUUGCCUUGGCACGACUGGCUGGCCUGAACUCAGACGGUCCAACAGCUAGGAGCAUUGAGAGGCCAAGGCCCAAGAGGCCCCGGGGUGGCCUGGGGAAGAGGGGUUCCGCAGGCUGGAAGAAAGGCUCCAGGUGAGGAAGCAGCACCCCUCGAACUCCAAGAAAGGGCCCACCCUCAGGCUUCCCUCUCUCGGGCACAGCCCCUUGACGCCCCCCCCAAAAACCCACCCGCCUUCCUGCUUCCCCUUCACCUCUCUGAGGACAGCUGCAGCCCUUCCUCGCCUGGCCAGACCACCAGCUUCUCCUCUGCAAAAGUUUGUGCCUCUGAAAUGCUCUAUUGUGGUUGU